AUGAGCGCCCAAGCCGGUCAAUCCUUUGCGCACUCCACUGCACCCAUUCGCCCUGUGCGAGAGGUGCAGUUUGGUAUCCUGAGUCCCGAGGAGAUCCGAGCCAUCUCGGUGUGCAAAGUCGAAGUGCCCGAGAUCAAGGAUGAGCAAGGAAAGCCCAGAAUCGGCGGUCUCUCUGACCCGCGUCUCGGUACGCUCGACAGGAACUACAAGUGCCAGACUUGCGGUGAAGGACACCAAGAAUGUCCAGGCCACUUUGGCCACAUCGAUCUGGCCAAGCCUGUCUUCCACAUUGGCUACCUCGGCAAGGUUAAGAAGAUUCUCGAGUGUGUCUGCUUCCACUGCGGCAAGCUCAAGGCGGAUGUCGUCACGGAUCCGAUCUUCGAUCAGAUCGUCAAGGCGACGCGCGGCAGCAAGAAGCGCCGAUUCCAGCGCGUCUGGGAGUACUGCUCCAAGAAGAUGAUCUGCGAAGCCGACGAUCCGAAGGAGGAAGACGAGAUGAACUUCGAGCAGGAAGCUAGGCCGGGUCACGGUGGUUGUGGUCGCGUACAGCCCAACAUUCGUCGUGAGGGUCUCAAGCUCUUCACGCAGUGGAAGAAGGGUAAGGGCGAAGACGAAGAUGGCGAGGAGACGACCAUUGCGCAGGCCGAGAAGCGACCCCUGCCCGCGUCGGAGGCACACACCAUCCUCAAGAAGAUGUCAAGCGAGGACAUUGCUGUUCUUGGUCUCUCGGAGGAGAACGCGCGCCCCGACUGGAUGGUCUUAACCGUGCUGCCCGUCCCGCCACCUCCCGUCCGCCCCUCUGUGCAAGAUGGAGGUGAGGACGACUUGACCUACAAGCUGGCCGAUGUCAUCCGCGCCAACGCCACACUCAAAAAGAUGGAACAGGAAGGAACACCGGCGCACAUUCUUGCCGACUUCGAACAGUUGCUGCAGUUCCACUGCGCUACGUUCAUGGACAACGAUAUCGCCGGUCAGCCGCAAGCGAUGCAGUCGAGUGGUAGGCCGAUCAAGUCCAUUCGCGCGCGUUUGAAGGGCAAGGAGGGUCGUCUCCGUGGAAACCUCAUGGGCAAGCGUGUCAACUUCUCGGCCCGUACCGUCAUCACCGGUGACCCGCUCCUCGAACUCGACGAAGUUGGAGUGCCCAAGUCGAUAGCCCGCAACCUCACAUACCCGGAGCGUGUCACGCCUUACAACAGGGCGUGGCUGUCAGAGCUGGUCCGCAACGGUCCGAAUGACUAUCCUGGUGCCAAAUACGUCAUCCGAGACACGGGCGAACGUAUCGACCUCAAGUACAACAGGCGUAGCGACAUGGCGCUGCAGCCCGGAUGGAUCGUCGAGCGUCACCUCAAAGACGGCGACUACAUUCUUUUCAACCGUCAGCCGUCGUUGCACAAGAUGUCGAUGAUGUCUCACAGGAUCAAGCUCAUGGACUACUCGACGUUCCGACUCAACCUUUCCGUCACGCCACCGUACAACGCCGAUUUCGAUGGUGACGAGAUGAACCUGCACGUCCCUCAAAGCGAGGAGACCCGAGCCGAGCUUUCGCAGAUCGCGUGGGUGCCGCGGCAGAUUGUCUCGCCUCAGGCGAACAAGCCCGUCAUGGGUAUCGUUCAGGACACGCUUUGCGGUAUCCGCAAGUUCUCGUUGCGAGAUUGCUUGCUCGACUACCACCAGGUCCAGCAGGUAUUGCUGUGGGUCGCUGACUGGGACGGUGUCGUGCCAAUGCCGUGCAUCCUCAAGCCCAAGCCGUACUGGUCCGGCAAGCAGAUCCUUUCGAUGUGCAUUCCGAAGGGUAUCAACGUCUUCUUGGACAAGGACAAGGGUCUCAAGAACAAUUUCUUGAACGACGAUGGUGUCUACAUCGAGAACGGCGAGAUCCUGUACGGAGUCAUCAACAAGAAGGUCGUCGGUGCCUCGGCAGGUGGUUUGAUCCACAUCAUCUUCCGAGAGAAGGGUCCGGUCGUCUGCAAGCGCUUCUUCUCGGGAGUGCAGCGCGUUGUCAACUUCUGGCUGCUUCACAACGGCUUCUCAAUUGGUAUCGGUGACACCGUGGCCGACAAGGCGACGACGGACAGCAUCAACCAGACCAUCACCUCGGCCAAGGCUGCCGUCAUGGACUACAUCAAGUAUGCCAGGCAUGAUUGGCUCAAGGUCGAGGCUGGUAUGACGCUCCGAGAAUCGUUCGAGGCCAACGUCAACCGCGUGCUCAACCAAGCGCGAGACGACGUCGGUAACCACGCCGAGACAAGUUUGCCGGACUUCAACAACGUCAAGCAGAUGGUGGUGUCCGGAUCCAAAGGUUCGUUCAUCAACAUCUCGCAGAUGUCAGCUUGUGUCGGUCAGCAGUCCGUCGAGGGUAAGCGUAUUCCCUUCGGUUUCCGCCACCGUUCACUUCCCCACUUCACCAAGGACGACUUCACUCCCGAGAGUCGUGGCUUCGUCGAGAACUCCUACUUGCGAGGUCUCACCGCGCAGGAGUUCUUCUUCCACGCGAUGGCGGGUCGAGAAGGUCUCAUCGAUACGGCCGUCAAGACCGCCGAGACGGGUUACAUCCAGCGUCGUCUCGUCAAGGCGCUCGAAGACGUGAUGGUCUGCUACGACGGCACUGUCCGCAACUCGACUAACAACGUGAUUCAAUUCGCGUACGGCGAAGACGGCAUUGACGGUGCCCAGGUCGAGACGCAGACGCUCUUGACGCUGAAGCUCAACGAUGCGGAUUUCCAUCACAUGUUCCGCGUCGAUCUGCACGAUGGCGGCUUCAAGAAGGGUACCCUGCGUCCUGGUCUCGGUGACUGGUCGCAGGAGCUGCAAGACCUUCUCGACGAGGAGUUCGCGCAACUUCAAUUCGACCGACAGCUGCUUCGCACGGAGAUCUUCCAGUCGGACCAGGUGCAGGUUCGUCUGCCGAUGAACGUGGCUCGUCUCGUUCUCAACGCACAGCAGAUCUUCCACAUCGACCAGCGCAAACCAAGCGACUUGUCGCCCGUCGAGGUCAUCGUUGGAUUGCGCAACGUCCUUGAUCGACUGAUCGUCAUCCGCGGCGACGACCCCAUCUCGCGUGAGGCGCAGGUCAACGCGACGCUGCUGUUCAAGAUCCACCUGCGAUCUUACCUAUGCUCCAAGAUGGUCAUCGAGCAACAUCACAUCAACAAGGAGGCGUGGGAGUGGAUUCUCGGCGAGAUCGAAGGCCAGUUCGCUCGCUCGGUCGCCAAUCCUGGUGAGAUGUGCGGCACGCUGGCAGCGCAGAGUAUCGGAGAGCCGGCCACGCAGAUGACGCUCAACACCUUCCACUACGCCGGUGUGUCGAGUAAGAACGUCACGCUCGGUGUGCCGCGUCUCAAGGAGAUCAUCAACUGUGCCGAGAACAUCAAGACGCCAUCCGUGACGGUCUAUCUGACAGAGGCGUACAGCCAAUCGCAAGAGUCGGCCAAGGUGAUCCAGACUGCGCUAGCGCAUACCACGCUGCAGACGGUUACCUCGGCUGUCGAGGUGCACUACGACCCCGACCCGUCGGCCACCGUGAUCGAGGAGGACAAGGACUUCGUCGAAGCCUUCUUCGCCAUCCCUGACGAGGAGGUCGAAGCGAGUCUGGAGCGCCAGUCGCCUUGGCUCUUGCGUCUCGAGCUGGACCGUGCUCAGAUGCUCGACAAGAACCUGACGAUGGCCGACGUCGCUUCCAAGAUCAGCGCCAUGUUCGGGCAGGACAUCUUCGUGAUGCACUCCGAAGACAACGCCGAGAACCUUAUCCUGCGUAUCCGAGUUGUGGACAACGACACGGAGAAGGACGCCCAAGGUGAAGAGGAGAUCUUCCUCAAGAACCUCGCCUCGCAGAUGCUGGCCGAGAUCGACUUGAAGGGCAUCAAGGGCAUCAAGAAGGUAUACAUUGUGCAGCAGGACAACAAGACGCGACGCGUCGAUCCCGUCACUGGCGAUUGGCGCACUGUGUCCGAGUGGGUCCUCGAGACAGACGGCAGCAACCUUGCCGAAGUGCUCGCUGUCGAAGGUGUUGACGCCAUCCGAACCAGCUGCAACAAUCCGGUCGAGAUCUUCCGCGUGUUCGGUAUCGAGGCUGCGCGCAACUCGCUGCUCAGGGAGACGCGUGCGGUCAUCGAAUUCGACGGUUCGUACGUCAACUACCGUCACUUGGCGCUGCUAUGUGAUAUCAUGACGAGCCAGGGUGCCUUGAUGGCCAUCACUCGUCACGGUAUCAACCGUACCAACCAGGGUGCGCUGAUGCGCUGUACCUUCGAGGAGACCGUGGAGUUGCUCAUCGAGGCAGCGUCUAUGGGUGAUAUCGACGACUGCAAGGGUGUCGCGCAGAACGUGCUGCUCGGACAGAUGGCGCCCAUGGGUACCGGUGCCUUUGACUUGAACUUGGACCUGGACAUGCUCAAGGACACCAUCGUCAACCACGCCCUGCCCUACGACACGCUGCUUGCCUCUCGAUCCCUCGAUGCCGCUGGUGGCAAAACGCCUGGAGCCAUGACGCCGUACGACUCGAGCUCGCCGGCUUCGGACGACGCGUUCCGUGUUCACGAGCAGGCCAUGUUCAGUCCUCUCGCCCAGACUGGCGGCGACGAGGGCAAUUACAACGACUACCUGCUCUCUGGCACGAGUCCCAUGCGUACGCCGUUGGGUGCUCAAAGUCCGGGCGGCUACGGCUUCUCGCCCGUCUCGCCAGGCUACGUGCCUACCUCGCCUGGGUACGCCACCUCGCCAGCUGGCGCUCUGGGCGGCAUGAGUCCCUGGACGGGCGGCAACGGUCUCGGGGCCACCUCGCCAGCGUACAGUCCGACCUCGCCGCGCAUCUUUGGCGGUGCUACCAGCCCGUCGUACUCGCCGACUUCGCCGAGCUACAGCCCUGCCUCGCCCAACUACUCGCCCUCGAGUCCUGCGGCAGGCUACUCGCCAACGAGUCCACGCAUGAGCCCAACGAGCCCCAUGGGCCGCUACGGCGCGGCAACGAGUCCACAGUACUCGCCUGCUUCGCCCAAGUUUUCGCCGACGAGCCCCAACUACAGUCCUGCCAGUCCAGCAUACACACCGACGUCGCCGGUGUACUCGCCCACCUCGCCUGCCAUGGCUGGUCGCGGUGGCGCGAGGGGAUUCAGCCCCGCCUCGCCCGCCUACUCUCCCACGUCGCCGCAGUACUCACCGGCGUCGCCUGCCUUCUCGCCGACCUCGCCGCAGUACUCGCCGGCUUCUCCUCAGUACUCGCCUACUUCCCCGCAGUAUUCGCCGACGAGUCCAGCGAUGGGCGGUGCGUCAGGGCCACCGACGGGUGGUGCCGCCUCACCUCGUCGCAGCCGCAUGUCGAACAAGCCGGCAUGGCAGCGCUGA